CCUCGAGGCCCUGACGAAGAGCUCUUUUAGUUUGAGCCACCGCGAGUCGACAUUAGUUUGAUUCUCCUGGUUAACUAGUAACAACAGUUAUUUAUCUGCAUUACUUUCGGUCGUCUUUUAUGAGUAAUCAAAAGCCGCAAAAGCCGACGCUAACAGGCCAGCGGUUCAAAACGAGGAAAAGAGAUGAAAAGGAGAGAUUUGACCCUACUCAGUUUCAAGAAAGUAUCGUACAAGGCUUGAAUCAAACUGGCUCUGAUUUGGAAGCAGUCGCAAAAUUCCUGGAUGCCUCUGGCGCCAAGCUUGACUACCGCCGGUAUGCUGAGACGCUCUUCGACAUCCUGGUGGCCGGCGGCAUGCUGGCCCCAGGCGGGUCUCUCUCCGACGACAUGACCCGUACUGAGUUCUGCCUGUUCACGGCACAAGAAGACCUGGAGACCAUGCAGGCAUAUGCUCAGGUUUUUAACAAACUGAUCCGGCGUUACAAGUACCUGGAGAAGGGUUUCGAAGAGGAGAUCAAGAAGUUGCUGCUGUUUCUUAAAGGGUUCACUGAGUCUGAGCGCAACAAACUGGCCAUGCUGACCGGCAUCCUGCUGGCCAAAGGAAACAUAUCAGCCUCCAUCCUUAACAGCCUCUACAACGAGAACAUCGUCAAAGAAGGAGUAUCUGCAGCCUUCGCCGUUAAGCUGUUCAAGUCAUGGAUUUACGAAAAGGACAUCAACUCUGUGGCCGGCUCUCUCCGCAAAGUGGGCAUGGACAACAGGCUGAUGGAACUCUUUCCUGCCAACAAACGGAGCUGUGAGCAUUUUUCUAAGUACUUCACCGACGCCGGGCUGACGGAGCUUGCUGACUUCGCCCGUAACCAGGAAUCCAUCGGUGCCCGCAAGGAGCUGCAGAAGGAGCUCCAGGAGCAGAUUGCCCGCGGAGACCCUCAGAAGGAGAUUAUCGUCUUCGCCAGAGAGGAGAUGAAUAGGUCCAACCUGUCGGAGCAGGCCAUGAUCAACAUCAUCUGGACCAGCGUGAUGAGCUGCGUGGAGUGGAACAAGAAGGAGGAGCUGGUGACAGAACAAGCCAUCAAACAAUUGAAGCAAUACAGCCUGCUGCUGAAAUCCUUCACCUCCCAGGGUCUGUCUGAGAUCAGCCUGCUGCUGAAGAUCCAGGAGUACUGCUACGACAACAUCCACUUCAUGAAGGCCUUCCAGAAGAUCGUGGUGCUCCUCUACAAAGCGGAUGUAUUGAGUGAAGAGGCCAUACUGAAGUGGUACACCGAUGCCCACGUUGCCAAGGGGAAGAGCGUCUUCCUCGAGCAGAUGAAGAAAUUCGUCGAGUGGCUGAAAAAUGCUGAGGAAGAGUCUGAGUCGGACGAAGAGGAGACGGACUAACUCCUCCACCGCCAGAUGAGCUUCUUCGCGUUUUACUUUUUUUUAUAAGUAGCAGCAGGAGCCGAAGAAUAUAGUUUUUCCUCCUCUCUUCUACCUCCUGUUACUAUUUUAACCCUAAAACACACACACACCCUUUCACCUCCAAACAGAAUUAUGUAAAGAUUAUUCAAACUAAACCUGAAAAAGGGCUCAGUCCUUUAACACGUAGCGGCUCACGGUGGAAGCGGUAAAACGAUGAAUAUUUCCCAGAUUUUCUCUGUUUUAUUAACGUACCUCCUUUAAUUAGGAUACAAAACAUUCCAUGUGAUCGAUCUCCGCUGCUCGUGUGAAUCAGAAAAACGUGAGUUAUCGAUAUUCAAGGCGGACAAAAACUAAUUUUACCAACGUUUAUUAUUUUUAUUUUUAUAAUCCCCUCCCAUGUUUCGGCUCCUCUCUCGACUUUUGGGAACCCCUGUACCGCGUGUCCAUACGCCCGGAAGCCAACUCAUUGCUAUUGGUUUCUACUUCCUUUAAUCUGACUUUUUUAUGAAAAUAAAGAUUAUUGAAAUGGU